GGGCAGGGACUUAGGCAUGGAGGGAAUCUCAAUUUUCUUUAUUUUUUGUUUCGGUUUUUCCUAGGAUUUGAUUUAAAUAAAAAAUGGAUUGGAGUGGCAAACACAAUGGGCCCAAUGAUACAACCAAUGAUGGGACGGUGGUACGACUCCGGGGCCUGCCAUUUGGUUGCAGCAAAGAAGAGAUUGUUCAGUUUUUCCAAGGGUUGGAAAUCGUGCCAAAUGGGAUAACAUUGACGCUGGACUACCAGGGGAGAAGCACAGGGGAGGCCUUCGUGCAGUUUGCUUCAAAGGAGAUAGCAGAAAAUGCUCUGGGGAAACACAAGGAAAGAAUAGGGCACAGAUAUAUUGAAAUCUUCAAAAGUAGUAAGAGCGAAAUCAGAGGAUUCUCUGACAUGCCAAGAAGAAUGAUGGGACAACAGCGACCUGGACCAUAUGAUAGACCAUUAGGAGGAAGAGGGGGUUAUUAUGGAGCUGGGCGUGGAAGUAUGUAUGACAGAAUGCGUCGAGGAGGUGGUGGAUAUGACGGUGGGUAUGGUGGCUUUGAUGAUUAUGGUGGCUAUAAUAACUAUGGUUAUGGAAACGACGGCUAUGACGACAGAAUGAGGGAUGGGAGAGGUUUUCCAAUAGGCAUGGGAGGACAUGGCUAUGGAACUGGAGAUGCAGGGUCGGGGUUCCAUGGUGGCGGUCAUUUUGUUCACAUGAGAGGGCUGCCCUUCCGAGCCACGGAAAACGAUAUUGCUAACUUUUUCUCGCCGUUGAACCCUAUAAGAGUUCACAUUGAUAUUGGGGCAGAUGGAAGAGCUACAGGAGAGGCAGAUGUGGAGUUUGUGACACACGAGGACGCAGUAGCUGCCAUGUCUAAGGAUAAGAACCACAUGCAGCAUCGAUACAUUGAACUGUUCCUGAAUUCCACUGCUGGAGGUGGCUCUGGAAUGGGAGGCUACGGCAGAGAUGGAAUGGAUCAAGGUUACGGCUCCGUUGGUAGGAUGGGGAUGGGCAGCAAUUACAGCGGCGGAUACGGAACUCCCGACGGCUUGGGCGGAUACAGUAUGUAUGCAUGACCUUGUGUCAAUUGUUUGCAGGUCGUGGCAGUGGAAAUAGUGGAGGAUACUAUGGGCAAGGCAGUAUGGGUGGAGGAGGAUGGCGUGGGAUGUAUUGAAGGAUAGCCUUCUGCAAAACACCCUGGAAGAAACAGUCUCUGGUCUACUAGACUUUCUUACAAAAUUUAAUUUCUUUUGUAUUUUAAGAACUUUAUAAUGACUGAAGGAAUGUGUUUUCACAAUAUUAUUUGGUAAGCAACAGAUUGUGAUGGGAAAAUCUGUUUUCUGUAGGUUUUAUUUGUUGCAUACUCUGACUUUAAAUAAAUUUUUAUAUUCAAACCACUGAUGUUGAUACUUUUUAUACUAGUUACUCCUAAGGAUGUAUUACAUAUUCAAGACUACCAGUCGGUUUAAGUUGUUGUACUAUGGUUCCAUAAAGGUGGUUGUACUGUAACUCCUAUGAACACUGAUUGAGUUCUGUGUAAUCUUGGUCUAGUGAACAAAUUUGAAACAUUCACUUGUUUAAGGGGAAAAAGAUAGAUGAAUUGAUUAGUUUAUUUGGUUAAAGCCUUUCCUAAACCCUUUUGAUAAGUUGUAUGUAGUAAUUGCACCACAGCGUGAAGCUGUGGAGGCUGGAAGUCAUUGUUCUGCCUGCCUUCCUUCUGCUGCCACAUCCACCAGCACCAGCUCCACACCUGUGUGAACGAGCAGUACCUCUGCUUUCUCCUCCACAGAACCAAGCACCACGUUUAUUUCCAUGCUUUGCUGUAGCCCCAGAGCCUGCACUUCACACAUGUAACCUGCAAAGCAGACUGAAACACUAGCACAGCUUUUAGUUAACAUGACAUAGGUCAAGCACUUGGAAGCUUUUUACUUAGUAUUUUUUUCACUAACAUGCUUUCAGCGAGAGUGGGGGAGUUGGAAGCAAGUUAGACUUCUUAUCUUUCUUGAAUUUAUUGUACUUAGACACGGUUCAGCUUUUUUUUUGCUGCUCAGAGCUGAUUUGUCUGUAUUUGCUCAAAAUUUGCCAAGCUGUUCUACAGAUGAGCUCCUUAGAAGCCAAGAUCUCUAAAAUAUCUGUAGGCCCAAUAUUUACUCAGUAACACACAACCCAAACACAUCAAUAAAACUUUCUGUGCAUUUGUGACAUGUAAGAUAUGUAAGAAACUAUUGUUUGAAGACACUUAACAUACCUGAUGUGUAAUGGAAAAAGGUAUUUAUUCUUCUGAGCCAGUGUGAUCUCCCAAAUUAACUGCUUUGUCCUCAAUGCCUCCCUUAAAAUGUCAAAUGUGAUCUUGGGUAUUGCAAGUCUGUCACCUGUUUUGCUAGUACUGUGUUAUAUCUGUAAUAAAUGUCUUCUUGUGGGAGA